AUGUCCCGGUGUGAGAGUGUGGCCGCAGCUUUGAGCACCCACUUGAUCGAGGAUGAUGCGUGUGAGAAAGUGAAGGAUGUGUGCAAGGCAUACCUUGGCAAGUUUGAGUCUAUGGUGCUUGCGGCUCUUGACUCAGUCGAGUCUUCUCAUGUCUCAGGUCUCAAAGCCUUCAGCAAAAAGUACGAGAAAGUCAUGACUGCUUGCGAGAACUACUCUGUGGAAGCCAUGCGCCCGUUUGCUUCCAUGUUGAACGUGGUUGAUGAGCAGCUUGGGAAGCUGAACGAUGUCAUGAGUGAGAUGGCUUCUGACUUGCUUGCGCAGAAUAACUUCACCUCCCGCCGGUCAAGUGACCAAAGGGUCCGUGGCAUGAUGCAAAAGCCCAAGAGCUGA